AUGCAGACUUCCACAACUGAUCAGAAAGAAACAGAAAAUCGGAACAGACCAGUAACUAGUAAUGACAUUGAAACAAUAAUAAAAAAAAACUGCCAAAAAAUAGAAGUCCAGGUCCAGGUGGAUUCACAGAGAAGACAGAAAACAAUCAUAUAUAAAAUAAAUAAAAUACCUUCUGUGAUUAACAAAUUCACCCAGGCCUUAGACCGCCAAACAGCUAUUCAACUGCUUAAGUUGGCCCACAAAUACAGACCAGAGACAAAGCAAGAGAAGAAGCAGAGUUGGUUGGCUCAGGCUGAAAAGAAAGCUGCGAGCAAAGGGGAUGUCCCCACUAAGAGGUUGCCUCUCCUUCAAGCUGGCGUUAAUACUGUCACCACCUUGGUGGAAAAUAGGAAGGCUCAGAUGGUAGUGAUUGCACAUGCUGUGGAUCCCACUGAGCUGGCUGUCUUCCUACCUGCCCUGUGUCAGAUGGGGGUACCCUACUGCAUUAUCAAGGGGAAGGCCGGGCUGGAGCAUCUGGUCCACAGGAAGACCUGCACCACUGUCACCUUCAUACAGGUUAACUCAGAAGACAAAGGAGCUCUGGCUAAGCAGAUGGAAGCCAUCAGGACCAAGACUGACAGAUAUGAUGAAAUCCACUGUCACUGGGGAGGCAACAACCUGGGUCCAAAGUCUAUGGCUCACAUUGUCAAGUUGGAAAGGGCAAAGUCUAAAGAACUGGACACCAAACUGGGCUGA